UCGCGGAGGAGCCCGCGAAGGGGAAGCCGUCCGGUUCUUCGGCCUGGGCGAUCGGCCCCUUUCCUGCCCGCUUCCCUCCAGCAUGUCUUCCGUGCCAGACGCUGCGGCAGGGGACGAGCUGAAGCAAGCCAAGGAGAUGGAGGACGCGGAGAAAUACUCCUUCAUGUCCACGGUCACCAAGGCGCCCAAGAAGCAAAUCCAGUUUGCAGAUGAUAUGCAGGAGUUCAGUAAAUUUCCCACAAAGACUGGUCGCAGAUCGUUGUCUCGUUCCAUUUCACAGUCUUCCACAGACAGCUACAGUUCUGCGGCAUCCUACACUGAUAGCUCUGAUGAUGAAGUUUCUCCAAGAGAAAAGCAGCAAACUAAUUCCAAAGGCAAUAGUAAUUUCUGUGUUAAGAACAUCAAGCAAGCUGAGUUUGGGCGCCGAGAGAUAGAGAUUGCUGAGCAAGAUAUGUCUGCACUGAUUUCACUAAGAAAACGAGCUCAAGGAGAAAAACCUUUGGCUGGAGCUAAAAUAGUGGGAUGUACACAUAUCACAGCACAGACCGCAGUCUUGAUUGAGACUCUUUGUGCAUUAGGAGCUCAGUGCCGAUGGUCUGCUUGUAAUAUUUAUUCUACUCAAAAUGAGGUGGCUGCUGCCUUGGCUGAGGCUGGUGUUGCUGUGUUUGCCUGGAAAGGAGAAUCUGAAGAUGAUUUUUGGUGGUGCAUUGAUCGCUGUGUAAAUAUGGAUACCUGGCAGGCAAAUAUGAUCUUGGAUGAUGGUGGAGAUCUGACUCAUUGGGUUUAUAAGAAAUAUCCCAAUGUAUUUAAGAAGAUCAGAGGCAUUGUGGAAGAGAGUGUGACAGGUGUGCACAGAUUGUACCAAUUAUCAAAAGCUGGAAAACUCUGUGUUCCUGCCAUGAAUGUAAAUGAUUCUGUCACCAAACAGAAAUUUGAUAACUUGUACUGUUGCAGAGAGUCCAUCUUGGAUGGUCUAAAGAGGACAACAGAUGUUAUGUUUGGAGGAAAACAAGUAGUAGUAUGUGGCUAUGGUGAGGUUGGAAAGGGAUGCUGUGCAGCUCUGAAGGCUCUGGGAGCAAUUGUUUAUAUCACAGAGAUUGAUCCCAUCUGUGCUCUUCAAGCCUGCAUGGAUGGAUUUCGGGUAGUGAAACUCAAUGAAGUAAUUCGACAGAUGGAUAUAGUCAUAACCUGCACAGGGAAUAAGAAUGUGGUGACUAGAGAACAUUUGGAUCGAAUGAAGAAUAGUUGCAUUGUAUGUAACAUGGGACAUUCCAACACUGAAAUUGAUGUGGCUAGUCUUCGUACCCCAGAACUUACUUGGGAGCGGGUACGUUCUCAGGUGGAUCAUGUAAUCUGGCCUGAUGGCAAACGAGUUGUUCUACUAGCUGAGGGGCGACUUCUCAAUCUAAGCUGUUCAACUGUUCCUACUUUUGUCCUGUCCAUUACGGCUACCACUCAGGCUUUGGCUUUGAUUGAGCUUUACAAUGCUCCUGAGGGAAGAUACAAACAAGAUGUAUAUCUGUUGCCUAAGAAGAUGGAUGAAUAUGUUGCCAGCUUGCAUCUGCCAUCAUUUGACGCUCAUCUGACAGAACUAACGGAUGAUCAAGCAAAAUAUUUGGGACUCAAUAAGAAUGGGCCCUUCAAACCAAACUAUUAUAGGUACUAAUGGACCAUAAUGCUGAAGAACCAGACCACAUAAUAUACACAAGAGCUUUAGCAGAAAUAUUUUUAAAUAACUUUUUGUGUGUCACUUUGGAAGACUUUUGUUUUAUUCAUGUGAUUAUAUUAUCCUGUCCAGUUCUUUUUAAUAUUUCCCUGUCUCAGUAUUGAUCCUGCAAACAAUUUGGGAUUCCUUGCUACACCGCCACAGAAGUAAUGUGGUUUUAAUUCUCUUCCUCUGGUACUGGGGAGAGGAUUUCCAUUGGUGAUGUGGGGUAUUCUCUUCAUGUGAUUUUGUUUUUUAAUUUAAAAUUUUCAGAGCACCUUAGUUGUAGCUGGUAGAACUGCAGAAUAUUAAGAGUACUAUUUUUUCUGUGUGAAAAUUAAUUGCAAAUUCUAAAUUGCCUUAAUGAGCCCCUAUUUAUUAGCUGCUACAUUAGUGUUCCUUCUCCUCCAUGGGAACAGACUUGACACCUUGUGGCCAGUUGGGUUAUAGGUGUAUAUUCCACAAAUGCCUAAUCUUCAUUCUUUAUGUGGAAAAAUGUCCUCUUGAUUUCAGUAGGACAAUAUCACCUAUUAUUUAUGAUCAAUUAAGAUAUUUUUUCCUACUUCAAGUAUAUAACCGCAUGCCUGGUUAUACUAAAUGUAGGCAGUUUUAACUUCUCUUUUUAAGUUGCUAGGGUGCUAAACUGAAUUGAAAUGGAUAUGGCUAUCCAUUUUUAUAGCAUUUCAAUUUUCAAUUAUUUUAUUUUAUUUUUGCUGCUUUAAACCAAGAUGUACCCAUAUCAUAUUCUUAAAGGCUGUGAUUUUUAAAAAAAUAUUUUGCUUCUGGUUUGAUAAACUAGAGAGACUAUUUUAGUUAAUACUUAGCAGAAUUUUGGGACCACCAACAACCAGAUUGGCCCUCUUGAACUGAGAUGGCAUCUCAUGUUCUCCAUUCCUUCCUUCACAUAGCACAGGAAACAUUUGAAUUAUCAUUUAUGGUAGGUUUUAAAAUCCUAUAGAGAGACUUACUCAUUGUGUAAGGCACUUCCCUCCAUCUUCAGACUCCAUUUGUACCAAAUGAAUAGUGAAGGUGGAUCCCUUUUCAUUGGCACUACUAUUUCAAGUGCUCUGCUGCUUUAAUUUUUUAUCCUAGUAAUUAGUAUAUUCUGUCCAGUUAAUAUGAUGCACUGGUAUCUCUCCUGUGAGAUUAUAGUACAGCCCGGAUUUCAUAUUAUAGUGCCAUGAAAUGGAGGGGGAGAGAAGCUUCAGGAUUAGGAAAAGCAAAUGUUCAGUGAAAGAUGGUGAAUCAAGCCAAUUGCUGGGUUCUGAUCUGCUGAAGUAUCAAGGGAUAGCAUCUGUGAGCCAGAGAUUUUGUGAACAUAAUGACCAACUUUGAUUUUUUUCCUGCCUUUUUACGUAAUCCUUGUGGAAAACUAGAUGUAAAUAUUGAACGUGUCAUUAUUAGCUCCUUUAUAGGUUUUGUCCCACUAUUGUAUGA